CCGAUUUAGUACUAGUAGUUAUAUUAAAGCGAAUGCAAAUAUUUUAUGCAGUUUUUGGAACAUGUAAGUUAAUCAAUUUAGCGGCUAGCUUAGCUUCUAGUAGCAUCGUAACUACUUUGAUAAAAUAUUUUAUUGUGGUUAUUCUGUUUUUUAUUGUGAUAUAUGCUCGAUGUGACCUAUUUAGUUAUGCUCAAAUGUGUUCCGACACGUUUUAACAACCAUUUUAAAACGGGUUUGUACAUUGAUUUGUAUUAAGUAUAUUAGGCAUUUUAUAAAACAUAGUAAUUAAAUGGGUAGAUGUUUACAUAAAGAGUACAUUUUGAUCAACAUUCUAUAAUGCUGAACAUAAAAUGAUACUUUAAAGUUGAAAGGUCAAACAGUAAUAAACACUGUUUAUUGUGUGUAGGCACAAUAUCAUUUAAGGUGGACGGUAAAUGUUAAGCCACAUUAAUCCUCUUCUUGUUCUUGUUUGGCCAGUUAACCCCAAAAAGACACUUAAGUUAUUGUUGUUGUUCUUGAAAUAGUAAUAUUUAUUCUACCACUUUAAGUAAUCUAGCCUCUGAAAUGACAGUAUGUUUUCAUGCAAAGAUGAAAUGAAAAAUGUAUAACAAACAGUUCAUCUGUAUGUAUGCCAUUGUUUUGCACAGUAUUGGCACUAUGAUGACUUCUGAUAGCAUCCACAUAUAUAUUAGACAUAUAUGUAUGUGUGUAUAUACACAUUGACAGUAAAAAAUAUAAAUUAGUAACAGUAUUACAUCAAUGUAACAUCCACAUGGAUGGCAGGACCCAAGGUUUCCCAUCAGAACAUUGCCCAAAGCAUGACAUUGCCUCCGCUGCUUUGCCUUCUUCCCAUAGUGCAUCCUGGUGCCAUGUGUUCCCCAGGUAAGCGACACACAUGCACCGGUCAUCCACGUGAUGUAAAAGAAAAUGUGAUUCAUUAGACCAGGCCACCUUUUUCCAUUGCUCAGUGGUCCAGUUCUAAUGUGCAUGGGGACCCUGACUGGUCUGCAGAUAUGCAACCCCAUACACAACAAACUGCAAUGAACUGUGUAUUCUGACACCUUUCUAUCAGAACCAGCAUUAACUUCUUCAGCAGUUUGAGCAACAGUAGCUCGUUUGUUGGAUCAGAUCACACGGGCCAGCCUUCACUCCCCAUGUGCAUCAAUAAGCCUUGGUCGCCCAUGACCCUGUCGUCAGUUCACCACUGUGCUUUCUUUGGACCACUUUUGAUAGAUACUGACCACUGCAGACCAGAAACACCCCACAAGAGCUGCAGUUGGAGAUGUGCUGAUCCAGUCGUCUAGCCAUCAUAAUUUGGCCCUCCAUCAAACUUGCUUAAAUCCUUACGCUUGCCUGUUAUUCCUGCUUCUAACACAUCAACUCUGAGGACAAAAUGUUCACUUGCUGCCUAAUAUAUCCCACCCACUAACAGGUGCCAUGAUGAGGAGAUAAUCAGUGUUAUUCACUUCACCUGUCAUAAUGUUCAUUAUUUUAUGGCCGAUCAUAUCUUUGGUGUAGAGUGAUGAAAGCUCAAUGUGUUGUCAGUGUAAAAUGAAAGCUCAAUUUGAGGAGGUUGUUCUAGGGUACAUGUAGAUCCCUUUCCCUUUUUCUGUCUUUGGUUAUAGAUUUGCAGUGAAUUAAGAUGACAUGAGUAUAUUUUUUAGUCCUAUAUCUAUAAACUUUCAUUAUUUAAAUUGUGCACUAUUCUGAGAAAUAUGCUGCAAUCUAGUGAGUGUAUGUAGAUAUCUAAUUGGUCAAUCAUGUGGCUGCAGCCAAAUGCAAAAAGUCACACAAAUACAGGUCAAGAGCUUUAACGUCCACAUCAAAUAUUGUAAAGUAAAAAAAAAAAGUGAUCUCAUUGACUUGAAUGGUUGUUCAUGCCAGAUGGGCUGGUUUUAGAAUUUCAGCAUUUGGGAAAUUCACACACAGUAGUCUCUGGAAUUUGCAUUCUGUACAAUACUGUCUAACAAUUGGAUCAUUAUUGAUUAAGCUCACUCUUAAUGUUUCUAUAAAUCAUUCAAUGUUUUAUAAGCAAUUCAAUCAUUAUUAAUUUUUUAAGCUAUAACAAGCUUUUUUAAGCUAUAACAAUUAGAUCAUUAUUGAUUUUUUUAAGCCCACUGUUAAUGUUUCUAUAAAUUAUUUAAUGAUUUAAGCAAUAUCACAAGAUAUCACAACAUUGUUCAGAAGUUUGAUUAGAAUACCUGAAGUUAUUGACCUGUGUGUGUGUCUUUCUGUAGUUGUAUGUUUGUUUGUUUGUUUAAAUAAAUAAACACAUUGUGCUGCUGAGACAUGAUUGGCUGAUUAGUUUACUUUAUAUGCAGUUGUACAGGUGUUCAUUUUAAGGUGGAUGGUGAUUUGUAUAGCACAGGAAAAGAAAACAUGCUUUUGUCAAAAAGUGCUUUUUGCCACUUUGCAUGCUGCCAGUGUCUGUAGUGGCCACUUUGAUUAGCAUAUUGAAUGUGGUGCUGCAGUCUGGUGUAAAUUAAUGAUGAAAUAUGAGCAAAUCAAGUUUAUAUGCAUAAAAAAUAUUAUAAAUAAUAGUUGGUAACAUAUUUAGUAUAAUAGUUGGUAUAAUAUUAGUGCCCUCAGGCAGCAUGAGACCAUGGUUGAGAACUAAUUCUAGUAGGUUGUUGUUUCUGUUAUAAUUAAUUAACAGUUACUUACAAUCUAGUCCCAAGAUUUACAUAACAUUAAGCUAAAGUCAUUCAAACUGAAUUUUUUUUUACAACCCCACAUAUAUAAUGUUACCAUCCAUUUCCAGUGUCAAGUCAAAUUAAAAUAGUAGAUAAAAGACAGAUUUAUUUGUUUUUUACAAUAUUAGAUUUCCAGCAGUUAAGGUUGGUGCAAACCAUUUCUAUAAGAAUCUCCGUUUGUCCUUGAAGUCAUUGUCGUACUGGAAUUGGUUUGCACCCCUAAGUCUCAGUAAUGGGGAAUUUGUGAUGCUACAGCAUGCAGAGAUUCACUUGUGUGCUUCAAACUUUGUGGCAACAGUUUUUUCCCUUGUGAGCCUUCCCAUGUGUGGAAGAUACACUAUAUUGCCAAAAGUAUUCGCUCACCUGUCUUGACUCGCAUAUGAACUUAAGUGACAUCCCAUUCCUAAUCCAUAGGGUUCAAUAUGAUGUCAGUCCACCCUUUGCAGCUAUAACAGCUUCAACUCUUCUGGGAAGGCUGUCUACAAGGUUUAGGAUUGUGUUUAUGGGAAUUUUUGACCAUUCUUCCAGAAGCGCAUUUGUGAGGUCACACACUGAUGUUGGACGAGAAGGCCUGGCUCUCAGUCUCCGCUCUAAUUCAUCCCAAAGGUGUUCUAUCGGGUUGAGGUCAGGACUCUGUGCAGGCCAGUCAAGUUCAUCCACACCAGACUCUGUCAUCCAUGUCUUUAUGGACCUUGCUUUGUGCACUGGUGCACAGUCAUGUUGGAAGAGGAAAGGGCCAGCUCCAAACUGUUCCCACAAAGUUGGGAGCAUGGAAUUGUCCAAAAUGUCUCGGUAUGCUGAAGCAUUCAGAGUUUCUUUUACUGGAACUAAGGGGCCAAGCCCAGCUCCUGAAAAAGUUGGCGACCUCUUCGCAUUAUGCACCUCAGCAUCCACUGACCCCGGUCCGUCAGUUUACGUGGCCUACCGCUUCGUGGCCGAGUUGCUGUCGUUCCCAAACACUUCCAUGUUCUUACAAUACAGCUGACAGUUGACUGUGGAAUAUUUAGGAGCGAGGAAAUUUCACGACUGGAUUUGUUGCACAGGUGGCAUCCUAUCACAGUUCCACGCUGGAAUUCACUGAGCUCCUGAGAGCGACCCAUUCUUUCACAAAUGUUUGUAAAAACAGUCUGCAUGCCUAGGUGCUUGAUUUUAUACACCUGUGGCCAUGGAAGUGAUUGGAACACCUGAUUCUGAUUAUUUGGAUGGGUGAGCGAAUACUUUUGGCAAUAUAGUGUAUGUAUUUCCUCAUGCUUCAUUCUUUCUUACUGCUGAAGUUGCCAUACUUUGUAAUUGAAAGAUCUCUACUUAGGCUCCUACACUUCACAUUUGGGUUCAUCUUUUUCAAUGGAACUUUUUUUCUUAUCUACUAAGAGAAGAGCUCCUGCAAGUCAUCAUGUUUAGCAGUGCUGUCACCUGCCCUGAUGUACUCCCCUUUAACAUUUCUAUGAUUAAUGGUUCUAUAAAAGGUUAUGUGCAACUGCAUUCGAGAGCAAGGCUAUUCCCACCCUGAAGAAACCACCUCUCUGGACCAAUCAGGAAAUCCCUACCAGUAUCACUUCUCUUUUCUUCAAAUGCAUUGUCUGUCAAAUCAGUUGUCCGUCUCUCUUGCAGAACUAACUUCAAGAUCCUAACCAGUUCAGCUUCUAGUAGCAUCGAGCUUCUCAGAGGUGACAAGUUUCUCUAGCAUGUGCCACUUUGAUCAGCCUAACUGUCAUCAGUCCUCGUCAGUGUUUGACAGUCAGCAAAAAGACCUACUUGGAUGACCAGUCAUAUCAUGUGAUAUGGAGGGGAUUCCACAUCUGCUCCAUACAGACUUUCCACUGGUAUCGCAUAUGCCUCAGUACUUGGUUUUCUUCUAUUCUCUUUCUGUACUUUUUCUGCAUCUCUUGGUGAGGUCAUAUUGUCACAUGGCUUUUCACACAACUGAUCUUCAUAAUGCUAUACUGUCACUCAUGUUUCUGCUAAUAUUAGCAUGUUUUGCAGACGUCUCAUCAUGGCAGCUUAUCAGCUGAAAUUUAAUCUUGGCAAAACGGAACUGCUGUUCAUUCCAGGUGAUUCAUUCUAUGGUCUUGUCUCCCUGGACAACUCUAACAUCUUACCAUGCAUUCUUGGGACCACUGUCCUUUUCCUCUCACAUGGCUCAGCUAACAGGGUCAGGAUCCUUUUCAACAUCAUUGAUUCAUUCAUUUCUAUCCACACUGGCUUCCUAUUGGCUUUUAGUCUCUUGUCAUAUUAAGAUGGAACUACUGCAACUUGCUUCUUGCAGGGCUGCCUCUCUGCAACUGGUCCAGAAUGUAGCUACAUGACUUGUUUUAAACCUUCCUAAGUUUUCCAACACUAUUCCAGCUCAGCUUGACUGGUCCGAUCAUUUCUCGGGGUAUACAGCAUGCAUCAAAAUUAUUUUCUGUUCUGGUACCUAGAUGGUGGAAUGAUCUCUUUGAUGUCUCACAGCUCAUUAAUCAUUGUCAAAUGAUUCCUAAAGACCUACCUGUUCAGAAGUAAUUAAAUUAUAACAUAUAUUUUGUGUUGUCUGUGUGCUUUUUUUUAAUCAUAUUACCUCCCCAGCAGUGUUUUCCUUUGUAAACCAGUUUUGUAAGUAGCUCUGGCUCCACUAAAUGCCAUAAAAGUAAAUACUGGUUUGAUUUUUACAUGUUCACAUACUCUAAGCCAUAUAUUGUUCAUUAGAUAUAAAAUAAAUCUUCCAGUGUAAUUGUAAUUAACCUAAUUGCAUAAAUUAAUCUGUUAAAAAAAAAAAAAAAUCAUGUUUCUUGUUCUAGGGUGUGAAGCGAUACGCACAAUUUUAUGCUGAUGCGGAGUUCAUGGCGAGGAGAUCCAUCGAAAAGUGAAUGGAGUGAAGGGCCAAUGAACGGUGAAGGCUGUGAUCUAAGUGUGCCUAGCCCAGCGCUGGCAGGGUAUUUGGGAAAUGCUGAAAACAGAGGAGCUGUAAGUGGAGUCUGCCCUUGGUGUUCUGCCAAAGGACAAAUAAAUGUACUUCGCUCAUAUGCAUUCAACUUUAAAGAGUCCAUCAUACUCUGUACUGGUCCGCUGUGUCUUUUUCCUCUAGUCACCGGGCCUUUGGACAAUAUCCAUGGCAUCCUUUCUUCAUCGCAGGACAUACAAGGGUGCAAGAGAAAGUUUUAUCUCACAUUAGAGACCAAAGAUUCUGAUUCAUCCCACAAGCGUUGGAAAAAAGAGGAUCCUGGUAUUGCGUCUAAUGGGAAAUGCCGGAUUGUGGAUGUUGGUGACUGCAGAUUGUCUUCCAAGUCAAUUGAUGAAGGGCUGUUGAUUAAUGAUCACCAGAAAAAGCAAGUAGUUGAGAAUGCUGACAAGAGUACUGAGUCCUCCCAUGUCAUUAGUGGGGUUUCAGAAUUGUCUGAUGUCUCACAAAUCAGGGAUUCUGUAUCUAGUACUCAGGACAAAAAAUGGGAGCUAUCAACAAUGGAUUUAUCUGGGCAAGAUUUGAUGCACAUGGUACCUGCACAGCAGCAUUUAUUCUGGAAAAAUAAGGAUAACCUGUGUUGGUUAGAUUCAUUGCUUGUAGCACUUGUACACUCCAGAAUAAUUAGAGAAGCUUCUUGUGAGAAUGUAUGCUCAACUGAGAAAUUUCCUUGCAAAUAUUUUACUGUGAAGAACUUGUGUGCAACAUACAAGAAGUCUUACACGUAUAUUAAAGCCAAGGAACAACACUGCCCAGACAACAUUGUACGAGUACAUUCUGAUGACCUCCUUAAUGUAGAGCAAGAGCUGGAAGCUCUUCGGAUGUCUGCCUUCCAGUUCCUCCAGCCAAAGCUUCAGUGUGAAGUGGGUCAGAAGGAGACACCUGUCUUUGCCCUCCCUCUUCUCCUAAGGUCAGAUGACUGGGCUAGUAGUAUUUUCCAGCACACCGGUCAGUGGGAAUUUAGGUGCACGUGCUGUGGAUACAAUUCCAGCACAAGCAUGGAGAAGACUGUAACAACGUUUACAAAUAUUAUGGCUGAUUGGCACCCACUCAGAGCAGUCCACCGAGCACAGUGCAGCAAAUGCCAUAACAAAAACCAGAAGAGGAAACUGGUCUUACAGAGAAUUUCUUCAGUGCUUGCAAUACACUUUGUUGAGGGACUUACACGGAGAGACCUCUCCAAGUAUGCAUUUGAUUUUCAUGGCACACGCUACAACAUCAGAACUAUUAUACAAUACAAUGAACAACGUGAGCACUUUGUCACAUGGAUCCAUCAACCAGAUGGAUUAUGGUUAGAAUUUGAUGAUUUGAAGCACCCUCACUGCAUAACACACAGGAGGUUUACACUCCCAGCAAGUCAGUUCCACCUUGUCUUCUGGGAGGCAGUUUCCAAAGAGGAGUGCCAACUUCUUGAUCCUCUCCCUGAUAAGACACUUACUAAGUCGAGUAAGGUGGACAACGUCUUUCAAAAUAUAACCAAUUCUUUUCCAGAUGACACAUGCAUAAUAGAGGCCUUGACUGGAAGUAAGGACAGCAAUGAGGCUGCCAGUACAUUGGAUUCUUCAAUAGGUAGUACAACACUGCUUGAUACUUUUGAGGGCCUUUCACAUAGUGAUAUUGUCACUCUUACGCUGGUUGAAGUCCAAGCAGAUGCUAAAGAAGACUCUUGCCCAAAUAUCCAGGAAAAGACAACGGGGUCUACUGAGUCUAGCGUCAAAGAAGCAUUUCACCUGCUAGAAAACGGCUCUUUUUGUCAGACUCCAUGCAGUGUAAAAAACAAUAAGAGUGGUGCUAACAAAGUUUUACAUGCACCAGAAUUGAUUCUUCCCUCAGUGGUAAAACCAUCAGAAUCAGUAGACCCUUCAAAAGUGAGCAAGUGUCCACCUGCCCUGCACUCUGCAGACCCUAGCCCUUCCAAUCUAUCCUUAUUUAAUCGGCACCCUUCCAACCAGUCUACGCCAUUAAGAGAUGCCUCGCAUCCCAAAGUUGACCUAAGAUUUGAUGGCAGCGAGCCCCUUCUGGCCAAGCCUGCUGAGCUGUUUGGUGGGUACAGAACAAAGAACUCGCCCAAUUCAGUUUUACCUGUAGGACUAUUAAGGCAUCCAUUUGUGAAAUUGCCCACUGCUCCACAGAAGCCAUUUAGCUGCCCUGGUGGCAAAACAACUGUGGGUCCAGUUUCUACAUUGAAGAAAUCUGCUAGUCAGGACAGCCUAAAAACAUCACCAUCAAAGAUGGUCAUAUCUACUGAAGCUCUAAGACUGAAACUGAUGAAAAGACUAAAGGCCAAGAAGAAGAAACUAGCAAAGUUGAAUCAACUGCUCAGUAUAGAGGAAGGUGGUGAGUCUACUCCCAGGCCAGACAGCACAGAUAUUUCCUCGCCAUACUCUGUCACUUCAAGUACAUCAACCUGUGAUAGCCCAGCAUUUGAUAAUUUCUUUGCUGAGCUUCUUUCUCCAGACAUGAGCACCAGCAACCUAUCACCUGAUAGCACAGGCUUCUUGGAGAUGCUAACCAACAGCCAGAGUGCUGGGACAUCAGAAAGCAGCAAUCGGGAGAACUCUGCACCACCUUUUAAACUUCCAGUUCCUCUUCUAAAUGACUUAUCCAACAAUGAAACUUUUCUUUAUGAAUUAAAUCCAGGAUCAAGGGAGCAACAAUCUGUAAUCGAGAAUGCUGAACUUAAUGCUAUGGAUAUAUUCUUUUGAUCAGUGUUUUAUGUUCUUUGUCCUUUGGGCCAGUAUACAUAAGGCAAGAUCAGGGAAGAUCAGCUUUUGUUAUAUAGAUGCUAUAGACUUCAUUAGUAUAUAAAAAAAUAAGCUGUUUUUGGCUUACCAUCAGUGUGAGAGAUCAUUUAGCAUCUUACAUCUACCUUAAAAAAAGGACAGAUUCUGUAUCAAUGAUCAAAGGCUGAUUCUUGUAGAAGCAACUAUUUAUGUUUUAAUUUAUAUAGGAUUGUGUAACACUUGAAUCUGAUGUUUCAGUAUCCAGACCAUGCACUAAGUACUGCACAUUUUUGUAAAUUAAAAUAAACUGGAAUAUUUCUUUA